AUGGAACAGUUCAAUCCAGGACUGAGGAAUUUAAUAAAUCUGGGGAAGAAUUAUGAAAAAGCUGUUAAUGCUAUGGUAGUGGCUGGAAGAGCAUAUUAUGAUAGCCUUGCAAAGAUUGGAGAUAUAUCAGCUGAUUCUCCAGUUUCUAAAGAAUUAGGCCAAGUUCUCAUCGAAAUCUCAAGAACACACAAGAAACUUAAUGACAGUCUAGAGGAGAGUUUCAAAAAAUUCCAUAAAGAAAUUAUAUCUGAACUGGAAAAGAAAACAGACCUGGAUGUAAAGUAUAUGAAUGCAACUUUAAAGAGGUACCAAACUGAACACAGAAGCAAAUUAGAUUCCUUAGAGAAGUCACAGGCUGAGCUGAAAAAAAUCAGAAGGAAAAGCCAAGGAGCACGAAAUGUAAUGAAAUACGAGCAUAAAGAAAUGGAGUAUUUGGAAACCGUGAGCUCUCGACAGUCUGAUAUUCAGAGGUUUAUUGCAGAAGGCUGCAGAGAAGCUCUCCUUGAAGAAAAAAGAAGGUUUUGUUUUCUGGUUGACAAGCACUGCAGCUUUACCCAGCACAUGCAUUUCUAUCACAUGCAGUGUGCGGAAUUCCUAAAAUCCAAGCUGCCUGGGUGGCAGGAAAUAUGCAGUGAUGCCACCAAAGUGCCUGAAAAAGUCAGAAUGAUGAUAGAUGAAAUAAGGACACCUGGUUCCACUCCAGUGUCAGGAACCCCCCAGCCUUCACCCAUGAUAGAGAGAAAUACCCUGAUCGGAAAUGAUUUUUAUCACCAUCAUGAAACUGCAUCCAAGGUGCCCCCUGCUCCUGAGGGCAGGGCAUACACCAGCCCUCUUGUUGAUAUGUUUAACAAUCCCACCACGGUUCUGAAGAGCUCUUCUGAAAAACUAAACCAUUCAGCAGAAAAUUCAGAUGAUGCCAGUUUGUUGCGUUCCACUUCUGUCGCCACGGGGCUAAAUAUAAUGAAAAGGCAAAAAGUCAAGACAAUCUUCCCACAUACUGCUGGAAGUAACAAGACGUUGCUCAGUUUUGCACAGGGGGAUAUCAUCACACUUCUGGUAGCUGAGGAGAAGGAUGGUUGGCUUUACGGGGAGCACGACUCAACUAAAGUAAGAGGAUGGUUUCCAUCAUCAUAUACUAGACCACUAGAAGAACCAGAAGAAAAAGCAUUUGCCCCAGUGCCAAGCCCUGCACCAAUCCGAAGUGUUAGUUCUGUAAAUCUUGUGGAAAAAGGUGAAGUUGUCCUCCCACCACCUGACUACCUGGGGUCUUUGCAAACAGAUAAAAGAACUGAGUCUUCCAGAGAUACUACUGCUAAAACACCAAGUGACAGACCAGACAAUGCAGGGCUGAAACCUGAUAUGAAUGGCGUUAUCAAACCACCUUUUCUAAGUGGAGAAAAUCCUUUUGCAACCGUGAAACUCAGACCAACAGUGACAAAUGACAGAUCAGCACCAAUUAUUCGAUGA